UAACAUCUACUAAUGGCAUAUUUUAUUUUUUGGCUUUUACAUAAUCAACAGUAGGUAAUAGAUAAAUAUUAUUCUUUUUAUUAUACAUUUUAUUUACUUUUUAUAUUAUCGCUUAUUUUGAAAAUGACGAAUUUCAUAAAUGAAGGAUUGCUUAUAAUUACACAAAAAAUGUGUAUAAUAGCUUUGACUAUUUGUGCUUUCAUUCUAUUGUCAUCACAAAUACGAACUUGUCCACUGAUCGAAAAUGGCUCGAAGAUCUAUCCAUUUGAUAUCAAAUUUUACCAAUCGUCGGUACUUUUCUUGACUGCAGCUGCUAUAUAUAUAGUCGAAUGUGAUAUAUGGUCUAAGUAUAUAAAACCAAAAAAUAGACUUAUUCAAUUUCUUGCAGAGCUGUUUAUUAUGACAAUUGGUAUAAUAAUUGUCUAUGCUCUAUUUUGGCAUCCAAUAGUCAUAACUACAUCUAUAAUUAAUGAUAAAUUGAGUGUUCUAACACAUAAAUGGUUGGGAAGUGUGAAUAUAUAUAAAAAAAGCAUUCCAAUUUGCAUGAAAACCAUUCACAGUACGAACAUCCAUUGCAAUAUAUUAAGCGUGACAUUAUUAUAUCAUGUAGUCAAAAAGUUUGGAAAGAAUGACUUACGACGUAUAAGGUGUUCGUUUUGAAGUAAUUAUACCUAACUCGAAUCUGUAUGUCGAUAAGCUCAUAGCUGCUAUAUACAGGUGAACAAUAUCGAAAGUAUAAUCCUUGCAAAACAAAACAACUAUAUCAUGUAUACCUAUGUAUAAUUAGUAUUUGAAAU